UAACACCCUCGUUAUGUAUAACCGGAGAAGCGACGUGACAUCAAAGCUGCUUCCAAAAAAGGCAUUUUCUUUCAUGUUGUAUCAUGUUACCGUAAUGCCCGAAUGACGGCCACUUCACCCUUCUUUCAUCUGAUGUGUAACAGCUUGUUUGAACACCACAAGCGAUUCGGCUCCAGCAUUGCGUGGUAUGUGCUGAGGAAUGAAAGAGGAUUCCGGAAUCGCACUGUGUUGUAAUAUCUGGCGAUCGGGAGGUACCGAUAGGCGUGACAUUGGUGUAUAAAUUACACCGGCGCGCAGACCAGGUGUACUAGAUCAAGUCCAUCUUACUCCUUGCCUCGCUCUCCCACUGACGGGUUUAUCGCCAGACGUCGGACGAAAACAUGAGGUUUUUUAAAAGUUUUGCCCUGGUCCUGGUCCUUGCCUGCAUCGCUCAGAUGGUCCUGGUAGCCGAGUGCGAGAAAAAAGAGGAAGGCAGGAAGAGGAAGAAAGAGGGCAAAGAAAAGCCAGCGCAGCCCGAAAAACAGCCCUCUGCCCCCACAGACAAGAGCGAGCGGGGUCAGAAAGCUCAAGCGGGCAAGGUGAUGAAGGGCAAGUUCCCGACCAAGGACAAGGCGCUGUGCACCUGGCUGGCCACAGGAGGAGACGUAAGCACCCUGAGCGUCAACUGCGGUAAGGGUGACGCCAGUCUGGCGUGCGAGUACACCGCCAAACCCUCCGCCUGUCCGCAGUUCGCUUCCAACCCCAAGUCCUACUGGAAACAGAUCACCCGAGCGCUGAAGAAGCAGAAGAACCUGUGCAAAGACGCCACGGCCCUGAUCAAAGCGGGGAUGUGCAAGAAAGCCCCCAAAGACGCUCAUUUCAAGCUGAGCCCCAGCACCUCGUCGCAAGCGGAGGAAACUCUUUCGAAAACCAAGGAGAGCCGCGCUAAAACUACCACAGGGGGGCCGUCUGCGACAGGCAAAAAGAACUGCCCAGAAAACACUGACCAGAAGAAAGUGGCCGAAGAGUAUUGCAGCGAAACCUGGAGCUCCCUGUGUAAUUUCUUCAUCUCCAUGGUACAGAGCGAGGACUGCUGAGACUGUGUAGGACACUGUCGUGGAUAUCAGCGCCAGUGACAUCCUUAGCGAUGUAAACGGCUUCUUGCAGCCGUUCUUAAGAAAUUUUUAUUUUUUCUACCGAUUUUCACCGAUACAGUACAUUUUUAAAUGUAUAUGUGGCGUUAUAUGACAAAUAUAAACUGUACAUAUGUUAUGCUUAUGAUGGAAAAAUGCACUGUUUUUAAAUUAA